AUGGCGGCCUUGUUUCACGCUCGACAAGAGCCAACACGGGCAUCAACGUCCAGUUUUACACCGGCAUAUUCUCCCUUGACAAGCAGUAGAACAACUACUUCGCACACCCCGACCAUCUCGAGCUUUUCUGUCACCUCUUCUACCACGUCAGCUAAUGUGGUUAACACUACUAUCCCCUCUAGUACGGCAUCGAGUCUUCCAGAGAGCAGACACGGAGUCAGCAAUGGUGCUCUGGCAGGAGCAGUGGUUGGAUCCAUUGUCGGAACCGCCCUUGUUGCCCUCAUAGCUGCCGUUCUCUUCUUUCGUUUCAGAAGAAGACCUACACCCAAUCCACAAACACCUUCGCCUCCUGAUCAGGGGUUGGAGUUUUCCAAACUACCCACGAGCCAAACUCGACCUAUUGCCGCUUCCCGUCCUGUCCGGGGGGAACAAUUUCCCCCGCUCGACCUGGUCUCGUUUAUUCCCCCACCAGCCGACGACCAAAGCGUGAGCGCACGGAUUCAUACCUUUUUCGACCAUGUCAGCCUGCAUGUCGAUAAUUAUUAUGCGCCCGGUAGUCAUGAACCGACACCACUCACCGCGGAGGCGACCAUUCAGAUAGAAACAUACCGCUCUCCUUUGAUCCCCGGUCCGUUGGCAACAAUUUUGGCCAACCGCCGCGCCCGACGAGCGGUUCUCACCCAUGUGUUGGCUCGGACCCUGCUGCAAGCCAUCCAACCGGGAGGCCCACUUUAUCCGCCGUUCUGCGAGUCCCAACAGAUUGACGUUGCUGCGCCCGUGACAGGCCAAGAUAAUGCCACGUUUGCAUGGCGCAUGUUGACAGCUCGUCUGCAUGCUAAAUCAUUGGAUACCACAUCGGGAGUCGUGCAGGGACAUAUUAUCGCCCUUGCAGGGGGGUUCACUCAAGCGUUUGCACCCUUCCACAACCCUCAACUGUCUGAGGCAGAUCGCCAGCGUCAUCUGAGCAGCGUUGUGAGAGAGUGCGCCGAAUUGAGUGUAUGGCUGUUUACUCAGCCAUGUUCGUUCAACUUUGUCUGGACAUCAUCUCCGGGUUCUAUUGUCAUAUUCCCAGCGGUGGUCAAGACCAGUGAUGAACAGGGGAAUCCGCUACCGGUGUCACAGAAGAUGGUGGAGGAAACGACAGCCCAGCUAUGAUGUGCUGCAGUGCACGUAAUGUUAGUUGCAACAGUUAUCAGUACAAUGCUUUCUCCGCCCCCUUCGCCUUCCUCCAACGGAGCAAUUCCGACAAGCUCUCUGAUCCAACAUCCUCCAAUGUCUCCUCAUCUGAGUGUACUUUUCCCGACGCCUCUCCAUUCCCUUUUGACCCCUUCCAGUGUAGAGAAUCCAACAUUUCUUUCCCGAGACCCCCGGUUCCCGACUUAUCAUGUUCCAGCCUUUCAUGAUCUGAUCCCACUCGUCCCAUUAUCUCCACAUUCCCCUUUGCCUGUCUCCAACGCAACAAACCCAGCAUCUCCGAUCCCAGACCUAGUCCCUUCUCUUCCACCACCACCCCAUCCUUCCCUCCCUCCUUUACCCCAGCAACAUCCGCAUCCAACUCCACCAAACCCUC